UCUCUCCUCUCUCAUCCGCCAUCGGCCGUCGCUGAAGGCGAUGAUUCCUCUCGCCGGAGAAGCCACAGAUUCUUCGUUCGAAGCCAUCUGAAUCGCGACGAAUUCGAAGGAAGACUGAGAUUUUGAUUUGAUUGUCGAUGGGAAACAAGAUCGCGCGGACAACGCAGGUCUCGGCGACGGAGUAUUACCUCCACGACCUUCCUUCAUCGUACAACCUUGUUCUGAAAGAGGCUUUAGGGCGAGGGAGGUUCUUCAAGUCUAUUCUUUGUAAGCACGACGAAGGAUUGGUUCUCGUUAAGGUUUAUUUCAAGCGCGGUGAUUCGAUCGAUCUCAGGGAGUACGAGCGCCGGCUCGUAAGGAUCAAGGAGACGUUCUCUUCCCUUGAACACCCGCACGUGUGGCCUUUUCAGUUUUGGCAAGAGACAGAUAAAGCAGCUUACCUAGUGAGACAGUAUUUCUUUAGUAAUCUGAAUGAUCGGUUAAGCACUCGGCCUUUCCUCAGCCUUGUUGAGAAAAAAUGGUUGGCGUUUCAGUUGCUUCUUGCUGUGAAACAAUGCCAUGAGAAGAAUAUAUGCCAUGGGGAUAUAAAAUGCGAAAAUGUGCUGGUCACUUCCUGGAACUGGCUAUACCUUGCUGAUUUCGCUUCCUUCAAACCCACAUAUAUUCCUUACGAUGAUCCUUCAGAUUUCUCUUUCUUUUUUGACACUCGGGGAAGAAGACUUUGUUAUUUGGCUCCCGAGAGAUUUUAUGAGCAUGGAUGCGAGGCACAAAUAGUACAAGAUGCUCCAUUGAAGCCUUCAAUGGAUAUAUUUGCCGUGGGGUGUGUGAUAGCAGAGCUUUUUCUUGAGGGUCAACCGCUAUUUGAACUGUCUCAGCUUCUUGCUUAUCGCAGAGGGCAAUAUGAUCCUAGUCAACACCUUGAAAAGAUUCCUGAUCCUGGAGUUCGAAAGAUGAUACUUCAUAUGAUUCAAUUAGAACCUGACGCACGCUUCUCUGCUGAAAGCUACCUGCAAAAUUUUGUGGGAGUUGUUUUCCCAAACUACUUCUCACCAUUUCUGCAUAAUUUAUACUGCUGUUGGAAUCCUCUUCCUUCAGAUAUGAGGGUAGCAACUUGCCAGGGUAUAUUUCAAGAAAUACUCAAGAAAAUGAUGGAAAAUAAGCCAGGUGAUGAAACAGGCACUGGUCCAGGUGUAUCUUUAACUCCCAUUAAUAAGGGCAAGUUACAGGAAACGUUUUCAAAUCACAAAUUGAAUCCACCAAAGGGUGUGGCAAGGAAUACAGAAAACAACAAGAGAAUCUUAACUGCGGGACAAUGUAAUGUUCAUGAAGAUGGCAUCCCAACUGGUGACGCUAGAAAUGAAACCCAGUCUGCCGUCGGCUUGAUAGUGGCACAAGAGAUGUCGGAUCUUGCAGUUUCUUCUGACCUUAAGCAAUGUGGAAGUCAGGCUCUUAGUGAGCUCCUUUCCUCAAUUUCUGAUGCAUUUAAGAGAAACAGCCAUCCCUUUUUGAGAAAGAUAACUAUGGAUGAUUUGCGUACACUGAUGGAUGUCUAUGAUAGCCAGUCAGACACUUUUGGUACACCUUUUCUACCCUUACCAGAGGUCAGUAUGAGAUGUGAAGGAAUGGUUCUGAUUGCAUCUAUGCUGUGUUCCUGUAUUCGCAAUAUCAGGUUGCCUCAUUUGAGGAGGGGAGCUAUACUUCUACUGAAGUCUUGCUCCUUGUAUAUUGAUGAUGAAGAUCGCUUACAGCGUGUUCUUCCAUUCGUUGUUGCCCUACUUUCUGAUCCGACGGCAAUCGUGCGCUGUGCUGCCUUGGAAACUUUGUGCGACAUAUUACCGCUUGUCCGAGAUUUCCCUCCCAGCGACGCGAAAAUUUUUCCAGAGUAUAUUUUCCCAAUGCUCUCUAUGCUUCCCGAUGAUCCAGAGGAGAGUGUGAGGAUUUGUUAUGCAAGCAAUAUCGCAAAACUUGCUCUUACUGCAUAUGGAUUCCUGAUGCAUUCUCCACAGAUAAACUCCACCGCAUCGUCUAAUGAGACAGCUGAUCAGUUGCAAAAGGUAAAUGGUGAUGUACAGCUCGUGCAACUGAGGAAAACUAUUGCUGAAGUUGUUCAAGAGCUCGUUAUGGGGCCAAAACAAACUCCUAAUGUGAGAAGAGCACUCCUUGAGGACAUUGGAGAGCUUUGCUUCUUCUUUGGUCAAAGACAGAGUAACGACUUUCUACUCCCUAUCCUUCCGGCCUUUUUAAAUGACAGAGAUGAACAGCUAAGAUCUGUAUUUUUUGAGAAAAUUGUAUAUGUUUGCUUCUUUGUGGGUCAGAGAAGUGUGGAGGAGUAUCUUUUGCCUUACAUUGAGCAAGCUUUAAGUGAUCAGACAGAGGCUGUCAUUGUAAAUGCUUUGGAUUGCUUGUCUACCUUAUGCAAGAGUAGUUUCUUGCGGAAGCGGGCUCUCCUUCAAAUGAUAGAGUGUGUUUUUCCUUUGCUAUGCUAUCCAUGUCAAUGGGUAAGGAGGGCUGCUGUCACUUUCAUCUCGGCAAGCAGUGAAUGCCUGGGUCCAGUUGACUCGUACGUUUUCCUUGCCCCGGUAAUACGCCCUUUUCUCCGAAGACUGCCUGCUUCACUUGCUUCUGAGGAAGCUCUGGUUUCAUGUUUGAAACCACCAGUGUCUAGAGAGGUGGUGUAUCGUGUCCUUGAAAGCGCGAGGAGUUCAGACAUGUUGGAGAGACAGCGAAAGAUAUGGUACAGUUCUUCACCACAGUCCAAAAAUUGGGAGACGAUUGAUUUAUUUAACAAAGAUACUGGGGAAUUGGACUCUAUAGGUUUCUGGUCUGAGCAGAAGCACAACAUGGAAGAACAAAAAUUGGCUGGCAAUGCAUCAAAGGAAAAAGACGGCCAAGAUAAAUGCGCAGAAAGUGAUGAUAAAUUGAGAAUCUCAGGAAGCCUGAGACUCAAUGCUUCUAGCACAAAUGACCUUCGUGAUCCAUUGUACCCAGAAAAGUUACAGUUCUCUGGAUUUACAUCACCACAGGUGUCCGGUUUGAAUAGUUUUAUUGAUAAAUCACCAGAAGGUAUACCUCUUUAUUCCUUUAGCAUGGACAAGCGGGCAGUGACGAAUCCUCCUGUGGCUUCUGAGUCUUCGUUGCAAAUGAACUCUCUAGGAAUGGGUUCAUUGUCCAUGCCGUGGAUGGACUCAAUGAGUAAAUCAUUUCACUUGGCUAGCUCUGUUCCAGUCCCUAAGUUGGUAUCUGGGUCAUUCAAUAUAGGCAACACUGCUAAACAAUUCUACAGAGUGGUGCACGAGCCUGAAAGCAGAGAAAGUGAUCAAACCACCUCGACCAAUAAUAAAUUUCAAGAUCUCGGAUUAUCGAGCUCCACAAGGAGUGGAUCUGUAACUUCAGACGAUGGUUCUUCUUCUUCUACCGAUCUUGCAGGAGCUUCAUCUUUCUCGAAGACAUCAUCAAUUCCUGAUUCAGGCUGGAAGCCGCGUGGAGUAUUAGUUGCUCAUCUCCAGGAGCACAGCUCUGCUGUCAACGACAUUGCAACCUCAAGCGACCAUGGAUUUUUCGUCAGCGCAUCGGAUGAUUCCACGGUGAAGGUGUGGGAUUCGAGAAAACUGGAAAAGGAUAUAUCUUUUAGAUCAAGGCUAACUUAUCAUCUCGAGGGAAGCAGAGGGCUGUGCACGGCAAUGCUCCGAAAUUCCACGCAAGUUGUUGUGGGAGCCUCUGAUGGGAUGAUACAUAUGUUCUCCAUCGACCAUAUCUCUAGAGGCUUGGGAAACGUAGUGGAGAAAUAUUCAGGCAUAGUUGACAUUAAAAAGAAGGACAUGAAAGAAGGUGCUAUACUUUCCCUGUUGAAUUAUACCGCCGAUAGCUGUGCGGGGCCGAUGGUAAUCUACAGUACCCAGAACUGUGGAAUCCAUCUUUGGGAUACAAGAUCAGAUUCAGAUGCAUGGACAUUGAAGGGAAAACCCGAAGAAGGGUAUGUGUCAUCGCUGGUGACGAGCCCUUGCGGGAAUUGGUUUGUGUCCGGGUCCUCGAGGGGGGUGCUUACACUAUGGGAUUUGAGAUUUCUAGUUCCUGUAAAUUCGUGGCAGUACCCUAUCAUAUGCCCCGUAGAGAAUAUGUGCCUUUGCUUUCUUCCUUCGAGUGUAUCGGUCUCCACCACCGUGAGGCCUUUUAUUUAUGUGGCUGCCGGUUGCAAUGAGGUUUCGCUCUGGAAUGCCGAGGGUGGGGGUUGUCACCAGGUGCUGAGGAUAGCAAACUACGAGAACGAUGCGGAGAAAUCGGAGUUGCAGUGGAAGACAACGACAAAGGUAAACCAAAAGGGGUAUACUCGGGGGCAGAAUGCGAGCUCAAAAUACAGGAUAGAAGAGUUAAAGGAGCCGCCACCACGGCUACCAGGGAUUAGGGCGUUGCUUCCGUUACCGGGAGGGGACUUGUUAACCGGUGGUACCGACUUGAAGAUACGGCGGUGGGAUUACUCAAGGCCUGAAAGGAGUUACUGCGUGUGUGGGCCAAAUCUGAAGGGGGUGGGAAAUGACGAUUUUUAUGAAGUCAGAUCUAACUUCGGCGUUCAAUUCGUUCAGGAAACGAAGAGGAGGCCGCUGUCGAGUAAAGUGACGGGGAAGGCGGCACUUGCUGCGGCUGCCACAGACACGGCCGGUUGCCACCGUGACUCUGUGAAAUCACUCUCUUCUGUUAAACUCAACCAGAGACUGUUGAUUUCCAGCAGCCGUGAUGGCGCCAUCAAGGUCUGGAAGUAACCUCUCAUAGUCAUACCCCCACGCGUAAGUUUUUUCCCCCCUUUGUAAAUCUCUCUCUCUCUCCCCCUCACAUGUUUAGUUGGUUUCUUUUUCAUGAAUAUAGCAUAUUUAGAAGCACAUGGACAUUUGUCUUUAAUAUCUUUUGUCAUUGUGCACAGCUAUUAUGAUAACAGGGUAUUAAAAUUCACAUUCCAUCCAAAGAAAUGCUUCAGGAAUUGA